UUUUAUGCAUGGGAUGAUGGAGCUGCCCCCAACAACUUUGAUAGAUGAAAGAACUCCGAAUCUUGUUUUUUUUUUUAUCAGCGCGUUUUCAUCUUUUUCAAUUCUUUUGUUUCUUUACUUUUUUACGUUAUUAUAUAUAUAUAUAUUUUAAUACUAUGUCUCCUACAGUUUAUUCAUUCCCUACCACGUCAGAUUUAUCCAAUGGUUUGAACUCAUUUGUUGAAAAAGUAUCCCGUGAAGCUAUCGAAGAUCAUGGUAGUCUUUCCGUGGCUAUUUCUGGUGGAUCGUUACCCAAGUUGUUAUCAAAGGAAUUGAUACAUAACAAGCAAGUGGAUUUCAGCAAGUGGCACAUCUUUUGGGCAGAUGAACGAUGUGUUGGUUAUGAUAGUGAUGAUUCAAACUAUAAGGAAGUAAAGAAAACAUUAUUGGAUCAUGUUCCCAUUCCUGCGAACCAUAUUUAUCGUAUCCAUGAAACAUAUGGUAUCAACAAACAAACCGAACUUGCCGCUAAGGAUUAUCAAGAACAAUUGGUAUCAUACUUUGGCAAGGAUGGAUUCCCUCGAUUUGAUUUGAUUCUUUUAGGUAUGGGUCCUGAUGGUCAUUGUUGUUCUCUGUUUCCAGGUCAUCCUUUAUUGCAAGAACGUACACUCUGGGUGGCACCCAUUGAUGAUUCUCCCAAGCCUCCUCCAGAACGAAUUACUUUGACAUUACCAGUGGUGAAUCAUGCUCAAACAGUGGUAUUUGUGACAGCUGGUGAAGGAAAACGAGAGAUGGUACAAAAGAUUAUUGAACAACCUCAAUUGGAAUUACCUUGUCAACGCGUACAACCUGAAAAUGGACAAGUUUAUUGGUUUGUGGAUGAACCAGCAGCUGGAUCAUUGAACAAGUCAUCCUAUGCAUCUUACAAGUUGUGAUUAUAUAUAUAUAUAUAUAUAUAUACUAGUAUAGUAGAUUUUAUAGUAUAGUUGAGGAUGAUUUUUAGGUGAUGUCAAAUAAAGUAUAUUUAUAUAUAAAAAAUAAUUAAAAAAAUAAAAUAAA